AUGUCUUUCUUUGGUUUUGAUACCACCCUCCCCCGGGACCGCCAACAAGGUGGCCCGGCCAGGGGUUUCUUCGAGAACCCGGAUCCCUUCGCGGAGGUUGCUCGUGCGCAAGCAGUGGAGGAUGACGACGGAAUUGACUUUGAGGAUACCUACGAUGGUCUCGGUGACCAGCUCGACGAUGAUCAGGAUGCCUUCAACGACGACACCUUCGGCGGUGGGGAUACUGGAGCUGCCGCGACUGGAGCAGUUGGGAGAGACUUUGACUUUUUCGGCACCACCGCCAAGGUCGCCGAUGUCAUUGGCGAGGAGCAAGUUCGUUAUGCUCUGCAGAAUCCCUCGGCGGCUCCCUUGGCUGCCCAGCAGCAUGCCGCUGCCCCAGCUCCCACGACGACAGCUACCACUGCCACGACCACCGCCAAGCGUACUGGAUAUGAGAAGUAUUCGGACCCGGGAUACAUCCCCGACCUGCAGGCCAAGUCCAGCGUUUGGGGUAUCUCGCAGAAGAAGCAGGAGCCGAUCCCAGCUGCCAGCCGAAGGCCGAUGAUGAGCCUCGAGGAGGUCGAGGCACAAUUGCGCCAUCGGUCCCAGCCUGCUCCGACGAUGCCGCCCCAGUCAAUUCCCCAGCACAUGGCUGAACAGGCAUACCUGCCUCACCCGCAAUACCCACAAGGCGUUCCCGAGGGCUUCCCCGCAAUUCCUCCCGAGUACUUGCGAGCUGCCCUCGAGAAGGGUGUGCUCCCCCCGGGCAUGCCUGGUCUUCCUCCCGGUAUCCCGGAGCUGCACGGCGGCCCUGUCAUGUCGGGACCUCCCCCAAUGCAUAUCCAGCAAAACCAACUUCCUCCUCAGAACCUGCGCCCUCAGGGUCCCCGCCAUGCCGGCCCACCCCCCGGUCAGCGUCAGCAGCAGCAGAUGCCGCCCCCGCCGUCAACCCGAGGACCCAAUGGUGGCCUGCCAGUCAUCACCAACCCGCAGCAGCUCAUGCAUCUCACGGAGGAGCAGCGCAAUGCUUAUCUGGUGGAGGAUGCCAAGCGGGCGAAGCGCAACCACAAGAUCUUCCUCCUGUCUCGCGGCAAUGGCCUGAUGACACCUCAGGACAAGAACUUCAUCACUCGCAUUCAGCUGCAACAAUUGGUUGCUGCCGCUGGAAAUGUGGCCGAUGCGGACCCGGAAGCCGUUCUGUCCGAAGACUUUUAUUACCAAGUCUAUAGCCAGAUCCGUGGCGCACCACGCCAGCACCCUCAUCAGCCUCUGGGUCACUUCGCUCAGACCUAUCUCCUUCAAACCGGAAACCGUCUCGGCGGCCAUGGAAACAGGAGGGCAUUUCAAAGUGCCGAUAACCACAUGCAACGCAUGCAGCAGCAGGUUCAGCGUGCCGUUGAGGCGGCCAAGGCCAAGCCGAAGAACAAGCAGCUUAUCAUUGAGGGCAGCUUGGGCAAGAUCUCUUUCAGCAAUGCCAAGGCACCGAAGCACAUGCUUAACAUUAAGCGGCCUGAUAGCUCGGAGGGCCCUCGGCCAAAGAAGGUGCAAUCGGACCUCAGCCUGAGCGACCGGAAAUCCAUUCUCACCAACAUCGAAAGCGUGUACAGUGCUCUGAUGGCCAUGGAGGAUAUGGAGCGCACCAUGCCACCUCCCCCCGAGGAGGGUGAUUCUGAGGCCAUUCAGGAGCAUAUGGAAUGGCGGCAGAAGGUCCACUCGCUGAACCAGAAGUUGUGGCGAGCCCUCAAGGUCAUGGAGCCUAUUGUCCCCAACUCCACCACCCCACACCCCUUCAUCGCAUUCUUGUCGUACCCCAAGGGCAAGAAGGCCAUUCCCCGUAUCUUCCGUCACAUUGACCAAGAGCAACGCGUUACUAUUUUGACCAUGAUUGUGGUCCACCUGGAUAGCCUGGACGUGGUCCGCCUCGCACAACCCGGACCGGGUGAGGCUCAGCCUUCCCUCGCGGUGCGAGAGUCUAUUGACCUCUUCUCGCUGGCUGUGAUGCCCAGCUUGCUUGGCUACGUGAACGAGGCGCCCUUCAACAUCAUCAUCGGCCUGCUGGGUCUGGUCAUUGCCCAGACGCACGUGCAAUCCGUGGCUCGUACAAAGGUCGGCCUGGGCAUUCUGACGAUGCUGCUCAGCCGUGCCGAGAUUGUCAAGGAGGCUGGUCAGGCUGCCGAGCGAGACUGGCAGCAGUGGGUGGAGAAGUUCAACGUUCUCUUUGACACCCUGGAGCCCUCGCUUGCCGAUAUCUUCCCUGGUGCAAUCAACACGGGUGAUGACAUGUAUGUGUGGCAGUUCCUGGCCGCUGUGGGUAUUGGUGCUAGCCCCGAGCAGCAGCAGCGCCUUGUGAUUGCUGUUAAGGAUCGUGUGAUGGAGACUGUGGGCUACAGCAAGACUCUGCCUGCCGAUAUGGCCAGCCUGCGGUUGGGCAAUGUCAACCUGUUCAUGCGGGCCAUUGGUCUGGACGUGGAACUCCUGGGUUAA